GAAAUGGCUCACUUGAGUUUUACCUGCAGGAUGCAAGAUGGAAAAGUUCCACGAACUCCGCUAAAACACAAACACAACGCGGUUCAAUCCCGUCAUCUAGCGGAGGACGGCGGCCUGUACAGCUCACAGACCGGCUUUCUUCUCUCUCUGCGGCGGAACGAACCGCGGACUGAGCCGCUGCGGGGUUUGAACCCGAUGCCGCGUCUCCUGCCUCCUCCUCCGGGCUUUGACACCGAGGUCUCCCCGCUCGAAGAACUCUGGGGGUAAAGCCGACAGAGAACUAUGGGUCGGUACUUCCACAGCGAGGUCCACAUCCAGAGUCCAUGGCAGCAGGUGCUGGCAGCCUUCUGGCAGCGAUACCCCAACCCCUACAGGUAACCAACCCCUACAGCGGCCACGUUCUGACCGAGGACGUCCUCUACCGCGAGGUCACCCCCAGCAACCACCUGUUGUCACGACGACUGCUGACAAAGACCAAUCGACUGCCGGGCUGGGCGGAGCGUGUCUUCCCUGCCCACCUGUCGCGGGCCGUCUACGUCCUGGAGGACUCCAUCGUGGACCCUGCCGCCAACACGCUGACCACCAAGACCUGGAACCUGAACCACAACACGCUGAUGACGGUGGUGGAGCGCUGCCUGUUCGAGGAGGACCGCAGUCGGCCGUCCUGGACCCGGCUGAGGAGGGAGGCGUGGAUCUGCUCGGCGGUCUACGGCUUGGCUCGGCCCAUCCAGGAGUUUGGUCUCGCCAGGUUCAAAAGCAACCAAGCUAAAGCCAUGAGGGGGCUGGAGUUUGCUCUGUCCAGGAUACAGAACAGGUGAGGUCACUCCUCAUCUCUGCAGCAACCAUGGUGCAUCAUUGGAGAAGCCAUUCCUACCACACCACAGGCCACGCCCACAUCCACAGAGAAACCUGCCUUCCAGCACCGAGGGGGGCGGGGCAUCCCAUCAACCUCAUCUAUGAUUGGUCGGCAUGCAAAUCAACGUGAAGACUUCGUCAUUACGUUUUACAAUAUUUUUAUACAAACGAUGCUUUUACUUUGAAGCUGAUCUUCUUAUCACGUUUUUCACUGUUGAAUUAAUUUCUGUGUUUUCAUCUCAUUUGUGGCCUCAUCAGGAAGUUAAUGGGAAUAAUUUCAUUGUUUUAGUUUUUAAUUAUCUUGAAAGAACUUCUGUAAAGAUGCAUGUUUCAUAUUCUGCUGCUCAGAUUAAACUUUAAAUUCAUGAUUCAA